AUGAAAACACAACCAACAACGACCGUUCAUGAUGGUUUAAUUCCAAUCACGUAUCACAUAUGGUUGAUGGCAUCUUUUGAAAGGCAAUUAAUUACAAAACAUUCUAAAGCAUGCUGUCAAUUGAUGGGAAAUAGAACAGGCAAAGAGGAGAAAAGAAAUAAAGAAGAAAAAGGCGAGCUUCGGGGAUGUUUAUGGCAAGCAGUUUUCAAUUUUCCGUUCGCCAAACAUGGCAUAAAUUUUGUAUUAAAUUUUCAUGUUUUUGAAGUCACAUUUAUAAGUUCCGUGUUCACAUGUUUAGAUUGGCUUUCUUCAAAGUUAAAAGAUUACACUUCAGGUCAAUACACCCUCACAUUGAUAUGUGAGCAUUUUAUGGCAAUUCAAUCCAAAAAGCAGGAGAUCCAUUUGCCGAAAUGA